AUGGCGCAAUUCGGUCGCUAUAGGUUCCUGCUAAUAGCGGUGGUGUUCCAUCUGCUGUACAUAUGGAGUUGUUUCUCCACCUACUUUACGAGUCCUAUCGUUCAUGGCAUGCGCGAGCACCGUGUAGAGACGCAAGAAGCUCCCGCUAAACGCUUGGUACUUUUUGUUGGUGACGGUCUCCGUGCAGACAAGGCAUUUCAAUCGUUCCCCAACCCUGACCCAAAUCCUCCGAUCCCUCUCGCCGACAAUACAACCACCCCGCGCCCUCUCGCUCCCUUUCUUCGCUCUCGCGUCCUGGAACAUGGCACCUUUGGCGUUUCCCAUACACGGGUGCCUACCGAAUCCCGCCCUGGACAUGUAGCGCUCAUCGCAGGCUUAUAUGAGGAUGUCUCAGCAGUCACAACGGGAUGGAAGCUGAACCCAGUGAACUUCGACAGCGUCUUCAACCGCAGUCGGCAUACAUGGAGUUGGGGCAGUCCCGAUAUUCUUCCCAUGUUUGAGACAGGUGCAGUGCCUGGAAGAGUCGACGCAUACUGCUAUGGCGCGGAAGAGGAGGAUUCCUCCAAAGACGCCUGGGUGUUGGAUGAAUGGGUAUUUGAGCGCGUCAAGAAGCUGUUCGCUGACGCCAAGACGAACGCGACACUGGAUGCUGAGCUGAGGCAAGAGAAGAGCGUCUUCUUUCUCCACUUGCUUGGGCUGGAUACUACGGGUCAUGCGCAUCGACCUUACUCGUGGCAGUAUCUGCAUAAUAUUCAGCUCGUGGAUCGCGGGGUCCAGGAGAUUACGCAGCUGAUUGAAGAGUUCUACAACGACGACAAGACUUCUUUUGUGUUCACAGCGGACCAUGGCAUGAGCGACUGGGGAAGUCACGGAGAUGGACACCCAGACAAUACGCGUACGCCCUUGAUCGCAUGGGGUGCUGGUGUCGCGCCUCCUGUGAAGAACACGUCAGGUGUUGCUAGAGGCCACACCGAGUUCUCUUCGGAUUGGAACCUGGACGAGAUUGAGCGACAUGACGUCGACCAGGCUGACGUUGCGGCAUUGAUGGCUUAUCUAGUGGGACUCGACUUCCCAACCAACUCAGUCGGAGUCUUGCCGCUUUCCUACCUUGACAAAGACCCCAAAGCCAAGGCAGAAGCUCUUCUUGUUAAUGCCAAGGAGAUAUUGGAGAUGUAUCAUGUUAAAGAAGAGAUGAAGAAGGAGACACAGCUACGAUACAGGCCUUUCUCUGGUUUGGGUGACGAAGCACAUUCUGUCGAGCAUCGCGUUGCCGAUAUACAGUCAUUGAUCAACAAAGGCAGCGCAGACGAGGCUAUUCGCAAGACGUACGAGCUUAUUGACCUUGGUCUCGAAGGCCUGCGGUAUUUGCAGACUUACGAUUGGCUUUUCCUCCGGACGUUGGUGACUGCUGGCUAUGUUGGCUGGAUCGCUUUCGCCAUCACCACAGUUGUCGACCUACAUGUGCUCACCGAACAUGUGCCGGCACAGAGAACAGUGGCUAGUAUGGUGAUAUUCUCUUCUGUGCUUGUUGCGCUAUAUGGGGUUUUCUUCAAACAAGAAUCACCGGUCAUCUACUAUGCAUAUGCGUUCUUCCCGGUCCUGUUCUGGGAGGAAGUCUUUGCCCAGAGGCUAUCGCUUGUCAAGGGCGGCAAGAUUCUGUUUGGCCAUCUCAACUCUGGCGCUGAUGUCGCAAAACUAGUGUUUGCGACUAUUGGCUUCUUCGGAUUACUCCAGGCUUUGGUUCAAAGCUACUUUGUAAGGGAGAUUUACACGGUAUGUUACCUGCUCGCAACACUCUGGCCAGCAGUGUAUGGGCAGGAUUUCGUGAAGAAGAACAUGGCGACUGUCGCCACUUGGGCUUUGUCUUGCAUAGCCAUGAGCGCUUUCACACUACUGCCAGCCAACAAGGCAGAGGACAUUCGUCUCAUCCUGCUUGGAGGUGUAUUGAUGUUUGCCAUUGGCAUACUCUACCUUAUCUUCGAGAGGACGAUCCUUGAAGACGGCAAAUCGCAAUCUGAGCUUGCCAAACAAGAGUUGAACCACACAUCUCGUAUCAUCCUUGGCAUCCAGCUCGGCCUCGUAGCGCUUUCCAUGAUUGUCACGAAGAGCAGCGUUGGCUACUUACAAGCGCGCCAGGGCAUACCAUUUGGUGUCCUGACAGUAACACGAGCAACACUGUUCGCCUCGCUUGUGGUGCCACAACUCCACGGUCUCUAUCCCAACACCCACUACGUCCACCGCCUUGUAGUCAUCUUCCUCCAGUUCGCACCAACCUUUAUCAUCCUCUCCAUCUCGUACGAAGGUCUCUUUUACUUUGCGUUUUGCAUGUGCCUCUUCAGCUGGAUGCGCCUGGAGCACCAGGUAUAUCUGCAUAACACGGCCGAUGCUUCGACUACGGCCAUCACAUCGGAUCCGGCCAAGCCUACCAAGGACGCUGCGUCGGAUCGACUCAGCUCACUUCAGAGGGGGGAAUACAGAUCUCUGACCCUGGCCGACGCGCGCAUAGCUCUGUUCUUCAUCUUCUUUAUUCAGUCUGCUUUCUUCAGCGCGUCAAAUAUCGCCUCGGUAUCAUCCUUCUCGCUCGACGCCGUGUACCGUCUAAUCCCCAUCUUCGACCCUUUCUCCCAAGGCGCGCUUCUGAUCAUCAAGCUCAUGGCGCCCUUUGCCGCCCUCUCAACCAACUUUGGUCUCCUCAAUCGCGGCCUAGGCGUGGCGCCAUCAGCACUGUUCAUGGUGGUGAUGGCGGUCAGUGAUGUCAUGACACUGAGCUUCUUCUACAUGGUCAAGGACGAGGGGAGUUGGCUGGAAAUUGGGACAACGAUCAGCCACUUUGUCAUUGCAAGUUUGUUGGGCGUGUUUGUUAGCGGACUGGAGAUUUACAGUGAAUGGACUAUACGGGGCGUGGAGUUUGGCAGCAGCAAGAAGGCGCAGGGUAACGGGACAGUUCAGGGAAAAGCUAGUGGGAAAGCAGAGUAA